UGGCGCAUGGUCGUCGCAGUCGUCGGCGCGGCCAGGAUAUUUAGAAAAGCACCAAGGAUAAUGAUUCAGUUUUGAUUUAAAUUCUGUUAGUUCGUCGUGCGACGUCUUGGCGUGUGGACGCUUCGAUACGUUUUCGUUUCGUUCGAAUUUGCUUAUUUUUCGUGGUUAACAUCGUUUAGCGAAACAUUCCAUUUGAACGCAUUGUGCUUAAAGCAAUUUAACACAUCCACGUUAUCGUCGGCACCGUCGCUGACACAGUGCUAGUGUAACUACAGACGUAAUUGCCGUUUGUGUCUGGCCUCAAUGCGGGGUAUGGUGCAGUUGUGCGGGUGGUAGUAUUUAAUUGUAGCCUACAAGUUUGUUUAAAACACACGAGUCAGCGCGCUUUCAAUUUCGUUGUGUUCAACUUGCGACGGUUGUUCGCCUACAAUGCAUACGCACUUGUAGAGUACUCGGAUUGUGACAUUGCUAUUUCCGCACAAACUUAAGACGGCAAAGGCAAAGUGACGUUGUCUUUGAUAGCCACUUGCCUUGUUUGCUAAUGGACUAAGUGGAUUCUUAACAGUGUGGUGAUCAUGUGUACCGUGGACGCAUCUGCAACAUUUCGUUUCUUUGUUUAGUUACGGAUACGCGGGGCUUUUCGGCAAACAUGACAAUAUGACAGCAAAACGCGACAAGGAUUAUGCUAAAAGUAAAACAUCAACUGGAACAGGAUUUUCUGCGUCAGCAUCUACAGGUGCAGUAAAAUCAAUAGGUCUAGUCACAUCAUCACAAAAUGUAACAUCAUCUCAGGACAUUACGAAACGAACAAACAAGCCACUUAUGGAAAAGCGACGACGUGCACGUAUCAAUCAAAGUUUGGCCAUACUAAAGGCACUGAUUUUGGAAUCGACAAAGAAUCAGUCAAAAACCACAGAUGGACAAACCAAACACACGAAAUUGGAAAAAGCUGAUAUACUCGAAUUAACAGUGAGACACUUUCAACGGCACCGAAAUCUCGAUGACACAACCAUUAAUAAAUACAGAGCCGGAUAUACGGACUGCGCUAGAGAGGUUGCACGUUACUUGGCCACGCCCGAACCUCCACCUUUGGGAAAUAUUCCUUCGCUGUCGGAACCGGGGUCAAAAGCACGGCUUUUACGACAUUUGGACCAAUGUAUUGCUGAAAUUGACAUUGAGAUAUGCCCACAUUCCACAGCGACAUAUGCCGACAGUCCAUCCAGCAGUUGUUACGAUAUCAACACUGCGCCAAAGAAACCUCAACCGGACGAUAACUCGUUGGACUAUAGCAGCCAAGACUCAAACCCAUUAGAUUUCAGUAAAGCCGCCUCGAAUGUUUUAACAUCCAAAGCAAAUUUUGUUAGUCCUACUGGGACGCCCGUAGCACAUUCCACAAAUUCACCCUGUUCGGAGCGCCUAGGUUCACAAGAUGAGAACAAUAAUCCCGAUGGUCCUCAGGGUAGUGCAGGAUCAAGUAGAAGUGAUGCAAGUAUGCGGCCAAUGAUUUCUGCUGGCGAUAUACCGAAUGUAAUCGAUAUCAAUGCUGUGCAGAACUUUGAAGAACGCAGUAAACUGUGUUCAAAUGUUUUGGACACAUACAAACAUCUUAAAGUAAAUGACCCAACAGGGAUCCUUGUACUUCCUCCACACUAUGUUCAAUUAGCAGCAGCCUUGGGUCUAAAUACCCAUCCUGUCAUGGAUGCAAUUACCACUCGCACAGACUUCGAACGGCUGAUCGAAAUGAAUCACGUGCCUCCAUUGUCAGCUCAAAUUGCCGGCAAACUUAGCACAUAUGGAUCUCUACCCGGUGCUUUAGAGGCCGCACAUGCCGCUGCUGCCUAUGCAGCUACUACUAUGGCUGCAAAAGAAAAUGGUAUGCCGGCUGCUAGUACAGCAUCGCCAGUGAUUAGUAACAUCAAUAUGGAACGUCCUGCUUCUGUGCUCUCUAAUGCAACUUCUGUUGCUUCAACCUCUGUGAGCUCUAUGACAUCAACCGAUUCGCAGAAGAAUGCCACACAACAGCAACAUCAGCUAGCCCGCUUAGAUGCUAGUGCAAUAUCGACAGUAGAAGCAGCACAAUUGAACAUGGUUAGCAAUCCUCUUUCGGCAAAUAUUGCAGCUGCAGCAGCAGCAGCCGCCCAACACCAGUUGCAUCUACUGCGGCCCAAUGAAGCUCUAGCAAGGCAAGAGCAACAGCCGCAGGAUGAAAAUAUGUGGAGGCCAUGGUGAGCAGUGCAAAUAUGAAGAUUACUUCAAAUGCAGAAUUCAAAGCUUCAAGCGCGUGACAUUGUAAAUACCAAAGAUUUCUUAUAUAUAAGCAUCUUCAUAUAUUUGAAGUUAGGGACAUGUGUAAAUUAUAAACAAAUACGUUUUUGUUAAUUAUUUAAAGACGUUUCGAACAGUCUUAUAUAUUAUUAAUUGCAUAUAUUGCUACAUUCUUAUCACAAAAGUUAAUCAGCGCUGUGCAUUACAUGAAAAUGGUAAGGCAGCAUCUUUCCCAGGAACUCGUUUGGAUAAUAUUAUAUUCUUUUUAUUGCUAUAUUUUUUAAAGUAUAACAUACUUAUUAAACAACUCGAAAGGUUAGAGAUUAGUAUGCACAAAACACA